UAAGAUUUGAGAAGAGGAUAGUAUUAUGUGUUGCUUCAUCUGGUAUUGCUGCACUGCUCAUGGUCGGUGGAAGAACUGCACACUCAAGAUUUCACAUUCCCCUGGAUUGUGAUACAAAAUCAACUUGCAAUAUUGAGCAAGGUUCUGAGGUAGCUGAAUUAAUUCUCAAUGCUUCACUUAUUAUCUGGGAUGAGGCACCGAUGGCUCAUAAACACAACAUAGAGGACCUAGAGAGGACAUUGAGGGAUAUUUUCCGAGUUAAGCAUGUUGAUUCUGAGUUGAAGCCUUUUGGAGGUAUGACUAUUGUGUUUGGAGGUGAUUUCCGACAGACGUUACCUAUCAUCACGAAGGGUACACGGACUGAAAUUGUUAAUUCUUCCAUAAAGAGAUCUUAUUUGUGGCGGUCUAUGACAGUAUUGAAGCUAACCGAGAACAUGCGAUUAAAAUUGCCUCAUUCUGAAGCAUCGGCCAGGUUAGCAAUCUCAAAUUUUAGCAAAUGGCUUUUGGAAAUUGGUGAUGGUACAAAUAGUAAUAUUUUUGGAGAAUCAAUUAUCCCGAUACCUCUACACAUUUGUGUUCCCCGUCGCAGUGAUCCAAUUCCUGAUAUUGUUGCUGAAAUAUAUGGUCAGUUACUCUCCACUGAAAAUAUGUCAACCUAUUUGGUUGAGCGAGCUAUCUUAGCCCCUCAUAAUGACACUGUUGCGGCCAUUAACAAUUAUGUAUUGGGUCUAUUUCCUGGUGAAGAAGUUUCUUAUUUUAGUUCGGAUUCGCUAGAGAUUGAUGCCAAGAAUCAACAUGUUGAAGAAGGGGACUACACAGUUGAAUUCUUGAACUCUUUAAAGAUUGGGAAUUUUCCGGAACAUGAGUUGAAAUUGAAGUUGGGGUGCCCUGUUAUUCUGCUUCGAAAUCUGGAUCAGAGUACUGGGCUUUGCAAUGGAACUCGGAUGAUCGUUAAGAGAUUAGGUAAGUGGUUUAUUGAGGUCCAAAUUUUGGACCGGGACACAUGUUGGUGAUACAGUUUUCUUACCACGCCUAAGUCUAUCGGUCCACUACAAGAGCUUAAAUUUCACUCUGGUUCGAAGGCAAUAUCCAAUUGCACUGUCAUAUGCAAUGACAAUUAACAAGAGUCAAGGUCAAACAUUAAAUCACGUUGGCAUCUAUUUGCAAAGACAAGUAUUUUCUCAUGGACAGUUGUAUGUUGCUAUGUCUCGAGUUACGUCGGAAAGGGGACUCAAGAUUCUUAGCUGUGACUCUCAAGGUAAACCGGUGAAGACUAUGCAGAACAUUGUGUUCACUGAGAUUUUUUAGUAGUGGUUUAUUGAUGUAUUAUGUUUUAUUCGAUUUGAGGACUAAGACUUUCAAAUUUAUCGGGUCGUUACAAUUUGAAUCUUGAGUUCUCAAUUUGUCCAAAUUAUUUUCCUGUUUUUAACAGCCAAUUAUAUGAAAUGUGAUUUAUGCACACUACUUUAUAUUUAAUUGUACCUCAAUUUACUCUACCGAAGGGUAUGCGAGUGUGACCGUUAUAUUGCAAUACGAAGAAGAACUUCCAUAGUCGCAACUGAACUAAACUAAAUUAACACCACAACCCAGCCCACAAAACAACCCAAGCAUGGUUCAGUUAAAUAAAAUAUAGUUAGAGAGUGAAUGCCCAGCCGGAUUUGUUGAAACAAAAUGGCCAACCUAUUCCCAUAAAAAAAAGGCCAACCUACACUACCUUGGGCGGAUCCUUCUCCACUCCCCCACUCCCCCACCUCCUCUAGUGCCCAUUAUCCGAUUUUUUUGGAUCUUCUAUGAGGUGAAGGCUGCCGCAUUCCAAGCCAUUAUUUCUUUAUUAAAUACAUUCAUUAUGAUUUUCAUUUCAUGUUAAUUAGUGGUGGUGUGGGCCGGGCCGGCCGGGUUGGCGCAUCAAAUAAUAAUUACCAACUUUGAGAGGCAAUUUUGGACAAGAAUUGUUGACACAGUCGCAAUUAGCAAUGUUGUUAAAACGGAACCGGACAUCGAUCCGGAUUAGUAAAGGGUUCAAGGUUUAUCAAAUAACCGGUGGUUAAUCGAUAUGAAAAACCGAUCAUAAACCGGUGUUGACUUACUUGGUAGACUUAACAAUUAUUUUUUUUUACAAUUAUUGUUUCACUUAUUAGAGAUAAAAGAAUAAAGUGAGAAUUAUUAAAACUGAAAAAGCAUAAUUUGGGGGGCUGCUAGGUCUUUUUUGGGAAAAGUGAACUGAUUUUUCUUCUCUUUAUAUUUUAUUCUGUACUUACCUUCUUUUGUUUUUGAAUUUUUAAUUGCAACAAAAUAAAAGGAAGGCGCAUGUUUGAUUUUAAAAAGGUGGGUCGUUCCCCUCAAAAAAAAAAAAAGAAGGUGGGUCGUGAGUUCCGUGACACACCCGCCUCUUGAACUCUAAAUGGCCAACCUUCUCCACUCCCCCACGAGGCCACAAAUCCUUCUCCACUCCCCCACUAUCCCACUUUCCACACACACACGUACUCCACUGCAUGCGGCCAAGUAAAUCACGUGUGUAGAAUCACUUUCUCUCCUUUAUAUAAUGGAGAUACCACUUUCUCUCAUGUUACAAUUUCCGUUUACUACUUCCCAUACAAAACACUUCGGUUCCAUUGACCGUGCGAAUUGCAUUCAAUAUGGCGGGCCUGCCUCAAUUCAAUCAGUAAGUACUGCUCAUGCAUCCAACAAAUACUACAUCAUGUAAUUUCGAUUCUUUUUCACUACUUAAUGCCAAAACUUACAGUCCAAUAUAUAGGCUUCCCCAUGGUUUUAUUGCUAAUCUGCAAUAUGAUGAUGCUCUUGAAAUUUGUGAGCGUGCCGACACCAUCGGUCUCAUUAUGUUGCAAGUGGAUGUCGAAAAUCAGGUAACUAAACAAAUAAAUUUCUUUUUAAUCGUACGCCUUUUGUGGUAUGCUGCAUUUUAUCGAUUUGCUUUGACAAUAUUCGUUUCUGUGUUUACAUCAAGGCACCUCUUUUUUGUUAUUCGGACGUGUAACGAAUUUGACGACGUCCUGGUCCCCUGCAUCCAGAAUCCAUUUCGUCCACCUCACAAUUGAGGACGAAUUCAUUGGUGUUGACAUCGUCUUCCCGUCAUCACAGUUACGAACGAUUGUUGAAUCUGUAUUCAGUCAUGCAGAUGUUGUCAAUGCUGAACAUGCUUGGACAUGCUUGGAGAACAGACAUUUGAAGUCAUGGUCACAGUCGGUCCCUGGAACGAUGCAUUUGGUUAUUGUGAACUUGUGUUGGUGAAAUUAUUUUUGCCUUUGUUGAAUUGAGUACCAUGUCAUGAACAAUGAGACAAUGUAUUGAGUUUUCUUAUUUUGGACUUGCAUGUUAUUUGUCGUAAUACUCAACUAGAUUAGAUUUGUGAUUAGUAAAAUUUCAUGUAAGUAUUUUUAUUGUGAUUAGCUAAUCUUCAAAUGUAUUUCUAACUUAUUAUGAAUGUUCAUUCAUAUUACAUGUUCGUCUUCAACGAAUUGCAAAAUUGCAACAAUCUUAUGAUAAUAUAAAACAAGACUCAUUUCUCGAUACUAUCAUUAUAGAUAUUGUAACUCCAUUUCCUUAAACAAAUGCGGCCAACGGGCCGGGCUAUAGGCUAGUAUGCAUAUAUAAUGCAUGGGGUUGAGAGAAGGAAGGGAGGAAGAUGGAAUUUCUACUUAGAGAAAUAUUUUUUUUUUAUCUAUUGGUAUAUAUUUCUUUGGUUGUUUAAUAUAUUGGUAUAUGUUUAAUCUAUUGGUACAUAUUUCUUUGGUUGUUUAAUCUAUUGAUAUAUAUUUCUUUUCUUAUUUUACAUUGUAGUAUUAUCAAAGUCUCAUCCCUAGUGCUACAGGUUUCUAUCAAAAACUACAGGUUUCUAUAUAAUAAAAAAAUUCAUCUGUA